AUGCUAUCAGAGCAAAUAUAAAGGAAGAGAUUUUUGAAAACCGGCGGUGUGACUAUAAUAGAUCGUCCUAUAGAGUCGUUUAGAUUUAUCACAGAUUUCUUAGCUUCAGGCAGAGACCAAUGAGACGCAUAUACUAUUAAUACACAUAUACUCGAUCACUUGAACUUGAACUUUUGAUCAAUAAUCCACCACAGAAAAACCGUUUUCUUUUAAAAAUCCAAUUUUCUUUUCUACUUUGUUUUCUUGUUCACAGUACUGUGAUCAAGAAAACAAAGUAGAAAAGAAAAGAAAACUCCUUUAUUUCGCAGCUCUGUUGUUUGAGUGGAAAAAGGUAUCGGACGAGAGUGUUCAGAACAGUGAAACUAAGAAAUCUGUGAUAAAUCUAAACGACUCUAUAGGACGAUCUAUUAUAGUCACACCGCCGGUUUUCAAAAAUCUCUUCCUUUAUAUUUGCUCUGAUAGCAUAAAGUAGAGAAUUAGAAGGCGCAUAAAUUUAUACCUGGAUAUUUUUGGAAUUUGAUGUUGUAUGCUUGUUGAGAAAAAUAGGGUACCUAUGUGAUACCUAUGCAAUAAAAACUUUUUUCUCAAUAAUCUUCGUACUUUUUGAAAAGCGGUUUUCAUCGUGAAUUAAAGGAGAUCAUUAUGCAUCUGUAGAUGUACUUGCGGUAUAGUAUAAGUCUAAGAAGAAAGUAAACGAUUCAAAAAAUUAAAACAAAAAUCAGUUUUUCGAAAUCAAAAUUUGACUUCAGUUAAAUUACAAGGUUAUAAACAAAAAAUAAAGGUUUCUAGAAAAUGAUGUUCUUCCAAAUAUUGCUGAAGAAUAAAAAUUGAGAAGAAUUUUGGGAAAUUUUGUUCAUUCAAAACCUCUUAUAUCAUGCAUAGUUGGAUGUGGUUUAACGAUACUCCUGUUUUUUUGAGAAUAUUAUGAAAUUUUAAGUAUUCUUUCGAAGGCUAAAAACACUUCAACUUAGUGUUAUAAAUUUUUCUCUCCUUUUCAGUACCUUAAAAUUUUCUUCUCAUGCCUAGUCUGAUGGAGUAAAGUGUUCUGUUCACAUGGAUAUGUCUCUAAAAAGUUUUCUCUAGUUUUUGGUAGAGAUAUAAGCACCGCUACAAAUGCCCCGAGAAAUGUACCAUAUACAAUAUCGCUUGUAGUACUCAAAUGACACUUAAGUACGAGCAUUUACAAUCCAGUAACAUUAAGAUCCCUCCAAAAAACAGUCUGAAAUAGCUCAAAGUUUUUCCACAGAUACUUCAGAAACUGUCUCAAAUUGUGAAAUCUUAAGCGUUUUCGAUUUCAACUUUCGAUGUCGGAAAAUGCCAUCUAAAAAAUCGAUCUUCUGUUUUAAAGCUAAAAUAAAAAACUUUGAUUUAGAUUUUCAGUAUUUCCUUGAAUAAUAUUGAAUAUUUCUAUUCUACGCUUAUAGUGUUUCUCCGGAAAACCGUAUUAGCAUAAAAAAAUGUGUUUCUCCUUCUCGAGUUUAAGUUGAUUUCUUCAUCAGUGAGUAGCUCAAACAGUAAUGGUUCGUUAGAUAUUGUUUUCACUGCUCAAAUUUAUUGAAGUUUUCCAAAAAAUAAAUUUUCAUUGUUCAUAUCUAUUUUUUGGAAAACUUUCUGGUAUGACGUUUUCCAAUCUGGCUCAAGAGAUAAAAAAACUGGUACUGUAGAGAAAGAUGGCCAAGAUAUUCAACUUAGUAAUUCCCUAAUAAAAACUCAAAAUUAAUAAUUCGACAGUUUGGUUAAAUGUCAAGGGAUGCUUAUUGUGGAUGUAACUUUUAGUCGCUAAGGAGUCUAAAUUAAAAUUUGCUUCCAUCCUCCCAUCUCUCCAUUUUGUUUCUACGAUACUUUAGGAAAAACACAACGUUUAUAUACAGAGAUGUUAACACAACUUGUACAAUUACGCCCAACAUUUUCUCCACUACAUGUGAUAAUUGAUUACGAGCGGACAGCUAUAAAUGCCUUUGAGAAAAAAUUUCCUGGUGCAAAAAUAUUAGCGGUUGUUUCUUUCAUCUUUGCCAAAAUGUAUUUCGUUGUGUUCAACGGUCUGGAUUAACGCAAUUGUAUGGCGAUGAUCCAGAUUUUUCUCAACAAAUACGUGCAUUACCUGCCUUAUCAUUUUUACCUGCUGCUGAUGUCAUUCCAACAUUUGAAGAAUUAAAACAUCAAUUUCCAGGGCAAGGGCAACCAGUCAUUGAUUAUUUUGAGCACACAUAUAUUGGUAUGAAAGAUCGUUUAUCACGUCCACGCAAAACACCUAAAUUUGCUUUAGAAUUGCGGAAUACAAAUAAAAAUACAUUGAAUGGUCAUCAUCGUACUAAUAAUGUUGUAGAGGGAUGGAACAAUCGUUUAUCAUCAAUGUUGAAUUGUUCGCAUCCAAAUUUAUGGAAAUUUAUUAAAUAUUUAAAAAUUGAACAAAGUUAUAUCGAUGAAAUAAUAGCACAAGCAGAAGCCGGCGAAAGACAACCAAUUAAAAAAUCACAAUUUCGACGAGAAAAACGUUUAAUUAAUAUAUUAAAUAAACGAACCACGACAAAUUUAGAUAAAAUAUUGACCAUCGCACACAAUAUCACAUUAAAGUCAGCAUAA